AUGGAGCGCCUCCUGCUGUGGCUGCUGCUGGUGCUCAGUGGCUUGGCCCGAGCUCAGGUGUGCCCCAAGCGUUGCAUGUGCCAGAACCUGUCGCCCUCCUUGGCCAUCCUUUGCACCAAGACGGGCCUCCUUUUUGUCCCCACGGUGCUCGACCGGCGCACGGUGGAGCUGCGCCUGACGGACAACUUCAUCACCGUCAUCCGCCGGAAGGACUUCUCCAACAUGACCAGCCUGGUGCACCUCACUCUGUCUCGGAACACCAUCAGCCAGAUCCUGCCCUACGCCUUUGCUGACCUGCGCGGCCUGCGGGCCCUGCACCUUGACAACAACCGCCUCCUCUUGAUCACCGGGGAGCAGCUCAAGGGGUUGCCCAACCUGCGCCAUCUCAUCCUCAGUAACAACCAGCUGCAGGACAUCUCUCCUGGAGCAUUCGAUGACUUUGCGGCCACCCUGGAGGACUUGGACCUCUCCUACAACAAUCUGGUGCAGGUCCCUUGGGACACCAUCCGACGUCUCAACAACGUCAACUCCCUCAACCUCGAUCACAACUUGAUUGAUUACGUCCCUGAGGGAGUCUUCACCAACCUCCUCAAACUGGCCCGCCUGGACAUGACGUCCAACAAGCUGAAGAAGAUCCCGCCCGACCCGCUCUUCCUCCGCAUCCCUGUCUACGCCAAGUCGAAAGGCUCCCCGCUUUCCUCGCUGGUCCUUAGUUUUGGGGGGAAUCCACUGCACUGCAAUUGUGAGUUGUUGUGGCUACGGAGGCUCACCAGAGAAGAUGACUUGGAGACCUGUGCCUCUCCGCAGGACCUUCUAGGGAAAUACUUCUGGACUAUCCCUGAGGAGGAAUUCAUUUGUGAACCUCCAGUUAUCACUCGCCACACGGGGCGGCUGGUGGUGACAGAGGGGGAAGGGGCGGUCCUUCGCUGCCGCGGAGUGGGUGACCCAGAGCCCUCUAUCCACUGGGUCUCUCCAGAAGGCAAAGUGGUAGCCAACACUUCGCGGACAAUCUCUUAUGACAACGGCACCCUGGAGAUCCUUAUUGCCACCGUCCAAGACACCGGAGCCUUUACGUGCAUUGCUUCCAACGCUGCUGGAGAAGCCACCACCUCCAUUGAGCUGGUGGUCAACCCGUUGCCUCACCUCUCCAACAGCACUGCCCCCAAGGUGCCUGAGGCCGCGGGGCCUUCUGACAUCCUUACCUCAGCCAAGGCCAUCCUUCCUCCCGGUGCCAAUGAAACAGGGGGCUCUCAGGACAAGGGCGUCGUAGCUUCGGAAGCAUCUGCCUCCUCGGUGCUGAUCCAUUGGUACCCACAGUGGCAUGUCCCUGGCAUACGGAUGUACCAGAUCCAAUACAACAGUUCCUCCGAUGACACCUUAGUGUACAGGAUGAUCCCUCCAUCCAGCAAAGGCUUCUUGGUGAAGGACUUGGCCUCCGGACGGGACUAUAACUUGUGCGUCUUGGCAGUCUAUGAUGACGGCGUGACUUCCCUCACAGCUACGCGGAGCCUGGGCUGCGUCCAGUUCAGCACGCCCCAGGACGCCCCGCAGUGCCACUCGCUCCACACCCAGUUCCUGGGGGGCACCAUGAUCAUCAUCAUCGGGGGCAUCAUCGUGGCCUCCGUCCUGGUCUUCAUCAUCAUCCUCAUGAUCCGGUACAAGGUCUACAGCGGUCAAGACGAGCACAAGAAAGCCAAAGUCAGCAAUGUCUAUUCACAGACCAACGGGAGCCAGCCUCCGUCGGCCACCACGUUGCCCUGCUCGGCCUCCAAACCAGAGGGGUGGGUUGUGGACAGCUCCGCAGCAGCCAGGGUGAGGAGGGACUGCAGUGUCCUUGCGCUGAGCAAGGACUGUGAGAAAGGCUCGCGGGCCCACCCCUCGGAUCCGGGGGUUGAGGAGGCCCCAUCUCCCCGAAGGAGGAGGUGGUCACGGACUAAUGUAGACCUCCAUAGCAAUUGUUCCGGGCCGGGAACGGAGUCCUCCAGAGCAGAAGAGCAAGAUCCCCAGCAGAUGCCACCUGCUGGUGAGAGGAAGAAUGGCAGCGAAUGGACCGAUGUCAAGAUCUGA